AAACCAACAAGCCAAAAACAUGUUAUAAUGGACGUUGAGGCAUUCCUGAAAUUUGUUAGAAUGGGAUGGAGCACAAAAGAAAAAAAAGUGCUAAACUUGUUCAAAGUGAGGACCUUUUAAAUUUCAUCCACAUGGCUGAAGCAGCACUGCCGCAGGCCAUAGAUGACCUCACUCUUAACCCAGGCAGCUCUGCCUGCCUGGCCAAAGUGGCAGGACUGCUAGUGGGAGCUAUGGUGGCCACAACAGGACACAGAAAAUGUGUGUUCCUGGGAAUGACGACAGAUGACAUAAUGAAUGCCCAGCCUUAUAAAAAGUCCUUCACAAUCAGAGUAGCUGAGCAUAAGACUCUCGAGGCAUUUGGCCCAGCAAUGGUGUCAGUGUCCAAAUACCUGAUGGACCGCCUUAGGGCCUUUGUGUGCUUGAGGUCAACCCUACCUGGUUUUAAUAAAGCACCGAAGGUCCUGUUCUUUACAAGAAAUGGCCAGGAAAUGGAUAAGAUAGGGGUCUAUGUGAAAAAGGUUUGGAGGGAGUUUGGGCUUCCAGGGGCACCAAACCUCGGUGAUAUCCGAACAGCGAUCUCAACAUGGGCAGACAAAGCUCUCUCACUCAAAGACAGGACUGAUCUGAAUAAGGCAAUGUGCCAUGAUCCUAAAACGGCAUCAAAAUAUUAUGUUGUUGGUCCUGAGCCAACGCCAAAAGAUGCAAGGAAAAUACGCCUUGACAUCUUAAAGGCUUUAAUGGAUACUGUAAAGCCCCGCCAGAAAAAACAAGCCAUGAGGCUUGUUGCUUUUGCGGGACAAACACAUCUCCACAAAAUCAAAAUCGACUUCCAGGAUUUCACCCUUAAGCACCACUCCACUGACUUCCUGAAUUUGGACUUCCAACUUUUCGACAUGGAUCCAGGCAGGGACCCCUCUACUGAAUAUAUGCAGCGAAAUGAGCACGCAAAGUCAGUUUCCAAAAUGAUGACAUCAGAGUCUGAGGAUGGUCAGAGGCAACAGCAGAAAGGACUGAAGUGCAAGGAAUUGGAUACUGCCAAUAGCACAAUCAAAGAAGAAAUAAACUUGGAGUGUUUUGAGAGCAGCGAGGAUCUGGAAGGUCUCACGGUCUCAAUGAAGCUGCAAACAAUAUUCGAGGAAAUACAAGAGGAUGACAUGGAGGUCAGUGUCCAAUUCUGGUAA